AUGGCUGAAAAGGCCGACGAUUUAUACUUGCCAAAUGCAGUACUUCUUCGAAUUAUCCGUGAAUCAUUACCUGAACGCACUCUUGUCAGUCGUGAAGCACGUUCAGCAAUUAGUAAAUCGGCUAGUUCCUUUAUACUUUAUGUAACAUCAUUAGCCAGUGUGCAUUGUGAGAAGUCAAAACGUAAAACGUUAACAGGAAGUGAUAUAUUAGCUGCUUUAAAAGAAAUGCAAUUUGAUCAUUUUAUACCAGCACUAAAUGCAUUUUUAGAUAAAUAUCGUGAGCAGGUAGUUUUAAAAAAGUCGAAUAAACGUCUACAUAGUGAGAAUGAAGAAGAAAUGUCUUCUGAAAAACUGUCUCAAAUUCCAUCAUCUUCAACAUCACACCUAAAACAUCUAGACAGUAAUGUUACAACAGUUGAAGAUGAUGACAAUGAUGAUGUCGUUGGUGAUGAUGCUGAUGAAGAAGAAAUUGAAGAAGUGGAAGAUGUAGAUGUUAUAGAGGUAGACAAUGACGAUAUCAUUGAAACUGCAGAUACUCAUAUGGAAGAAGGUACCGUAAAAAAUGAUCAGCUAGGUGUUGGUAUUAGUGAUGACGAUGAAGAUGACGGCAAUUCUCAGAGCACAGAAGCUUUAAAUGAAAAUGAAGAUUCAUUUUAG